AUGGGUCGUCAAAUCAUCUCUGGUGGCUGUCACCCGACGAAGUGGAAAAACAACAAUUUUAUGACUCUUCGACGGUUGUCAUCCGAUGGAGAGGAGCUAGAUGGAGGUGGGGCGCGUGUCAAGGAGCUUCAUCCUCAAAUGCACGUAGCAAGAGGAGGCUCUUCAUCGCAUCCAGUAUGCUCUUAGGAGGUUGCGACUCAUCUCCUAGCAGAUCAUCCUCUUCCCGAUGACAGCUUAUUCGUUGAUCAAUUAGAGAUACUUUACUCAAUGGAUUCGUGAUUUUUUUAUCACAAAUCGUUCAGCAAUUUUAGUAACAAUGCUCCGUGAAUCACGUUGACAAGAUUAUCACCGAUGAUCUAGCGAUUCUAGUUGCUUAAUCCUUCACCGGUGAUCUGCAAGAAAGUCGCAAUAAUUAGAUAAAAAAAUAUAAAUUUUGGUUCUAAGAGGAUUCGAAUCCGCGUCGGUUGCCCCCUGCCCGCCUUCUGAGGAAGGUGACUGGGUUUAGUCCCACAUUAGUUGUGUGCCAAAUUUUUUGGUGAAUAUAUAGUAAUGUUAGAUUUAUAAGUAAGUCCAUUCUCUCGCAUGUACGACCACUCCUUGCCGCACAGCUGGCUGGCCACUGGUGACGUGGAAAGGGAGUGGCGCACACGUGCCUCUAUCGGUCCAAGCCGCUCGAGCCCCUACUCGCGGCUACUCCCCCACUAUGCUUCCGACCCACUCGCAGGCCCGACUGGUCGACAGAUCCCCCCAUUUUACAAUAUUUUUAUUUUUAUUUCUUUUUCUUCAUUUAUCUCAAAAGUAAGACUACAAAAAAUCAUAUAAAUUCGUAUAAAAUCACAUAGUUACCCAAAAGUUCAUGUUAAUCAAUUGAAAACCAAUUUUCACACUUUAACACAAAUAUAAGUCUAUUUAUCAUGAGUUAAGGCUAAAACUAUAUUAUUUAUUAAUUAUUAACUCAUGAUAAUGAAGACUUAUCAGAGCUCAAAGGAAGAUAAUUCUAUGCUUGAGACUUGAAGAGAUGACUACUUCUCCCAAAUGAAGACUUCACCUAAUGACGAUUCUAGACACAUGAGUAGGAUCAUGUUAAUGCUAGAUUUAUUUGUUUUAAUUAGUUUUAUUAUUUGAUUUUAUUUUGUUAACUUAUAGAAUAAAUAAAGGAUAUAUUGUUAAUUAAAAAGUCUAAAGUUAGAAUACUUAGCAUAAUUUUUUAUUAUUAAAAUAAAAAUAAUAAAUAUAAAAAAAUUCCACUCAUUGGCAAGCCAACACUCAGCAACUGACCCAAAGGGAGGAUAGUGGUCAAACGGGUAGACCUAGAUUGGGGGAGGCACGAGCUAAGGUCAAGUGACGAAGGCCUCGCUCCAUGCACAUGUGUCACUCCCCUUCCAUGUCUCGGUGGCCAAUUGACCAUGGGGCAAGGAGUGCACAUACACAUGUGAGCGCAUGAAGGCAGACCACCUUAUUUUAGGAGAAGGGAUCUCUACUAAGAGAUUGUAGCUUUAGUUUAUAUUCAGCAUAUGUCCCAAAAUAUUUCUGAUGUGGGACUAAACAUUUUCAUCUGUUAUAGCAUAGCCAUUUGGAGCAUGGUGUCAUCUAGUGGUACAUAGAGAGCCAUGUCAUCAGAUUAGUUAGAUCCUAUGGCUAGCAAACCGCCAUAAUACCAGCUGUGUAAAGUGAUCCAUUGGUGCUUCGCAAAUCCAAUGCCGCUCAGCAUGCACGUGGCCUUAAAGGUUGAUCUGAUAGCUAUAGAGGUGCCAUGGUAACAGAACUUAAGUUCCCAAUUAGCAAUGGUUCGCAGCAGGUUGAUCCUACAUGCAUGUGGUCAAGCUCAUCUAAUCUUGCGGCUCACAGAGCACUAUUAUAUUAGGAACUUAUGUUUUCACACAUAUCACCAUUGGGAAUAUAAAGAUAAUAAUCAAUUAUUAUCUGGUAAAAUAAACAUUAUCGAUUAUCUUCAAAAUUCCGAUGGUAGUCACGAAUAUGACAAUCCGUUUUUCCUUCCUUUUGUGCAAUCGAUGUCUUCAACAAUGACCAAACUUCUUCCUUCCUUCCCCAACUGCACUCAAGGACUUUGAUGAGUGGUCAGCUCUUCCUUUCUCCCCUCACACGAUGAUGAUAGUGUGGCCGACCUUGAUAAGUCUUCAUUAUCAUGAGUUAAUAAUUAGUAAAUAAUAUAGUUUUAGCCUUAACUCAUGAUAAAUUGGCUUAUAUUUGUGUUAAAGUGUGAAAAGUGGUUUUCAAUUGAUUAACAUGAAUUUUUUGAUAAUUACGUAAUUUUAUACAAAUUUAUAUGAUUUUUAUAAUCUUACUCUUGAGAUAAAUGAAGAAAAAGAAAUAAAAAUAAAAAUAAAACAAAAUAGAGAGGGGACCCGCAAGCGGGUCGAAAGUGCAGUCGAGGAGUAGCCACGAGCAAGGGCUCGAGCAGCUUAGACCAAAUAGGGGCAGAUGUGCGUCACUCCCCUUCCAUGUCACUGGUGGCCAGCCGGUUGUGGGGCAAAGAGUGAUCGUACAUGCGCGAGAAAGGGACUUGAUUGAAAAUGUAAUAUUAUUAUAUAUUUGCAAGAAACAUUGGUGCACAAGCAAUGUGGGACUAAACCCGCGUCACACCUUCCCAAGAAAGGGGUGGGCAAUUGGCACAUGUUCAAAUCCUCCUAAAACAAAAACUCAUAUUUUUUUAUCUAAUUAUCGUGACUUUCUUGCAUAUCGUCGAUGAAGGAUUAAACAUUCAGAAUUGCUAGAUCAUUGGCGAAAAUUUCGUCAACAUGAUUCGUGGAGCAUUAUUACUAAAAUUUAUGAAUGAGUCGUGAUAAAAGGAUCACGAAUUCAUCGAGUAAAGCAUCUCCGAUUGAUCGAUGAACAAGUCGUCGUCCGGAAGAGGACGAUCUUUCAAGAGACGAGUCACCACAUCCUAAGAGCAUACUAGAUGUGAUGAAGAGCCUCCUCUGGCUAUGCAAACUUGAGGAUGAAGCUCCCUGACAUGCACCCCACCUCCAUCCAACUCUUCUUCAUUGGGUGACAACUGCCGAAAAGCUGCAAAGUCACAAUUUUUUUGCUCCGCUAGGUGACAACUGCCGGAGACGAUUCGACAACCUAUUUCAUUCAUUUCUAGACUUUGCAAGGAGAUCUAGAGAUUGCCCACAUCAUCCUUGUCUAAGGAGAGCCCUCGAGGCCAUGGGCACUAAACGACGAUCCUUCCGAACACUCAAGAUUCCAGUGCAUUGCCGACGCAUCGCCACAGCGACGCCAAAACUUUGUUUUCUUACUUUCAACUUAAUUUUUACUUCAUUUAGUGAUAAUUUAUGUGAUUUAAAUUUAUCAAAAUAUUCUUCAUUCAAUUAUAAUUCUUUUGACUUUUACAAAUCUUAAUUUGAUCAAUUAAAUCGUCUAUAAUCGCUUAUGUAAGAAUCAUUGGGCAAAACUUUGUUUCUGCUUGAUUCACGUUCGCUGGGUGCUGACAUCAUCCUGACAUCUGCAUCUUGACAUCACCCUUAUUUUAAGAAUUUUAAAAUAUAUAGUUUUUUUUAUUUUUUAAUCUAAAAUAAAAAACAUAUUCUUUGAGAAAAAUUUUGAAAUAUUAUCCAACAUUAUAUUACCUCUCUAUAAUUGACUUGAAAAAUUAUCAUAUUUUUAAACUUUUAUUAAAUUUUAAGUGAUAUAGUUAAUUAGAAAUAUUUGUAAAUAUCUAAAAAUUUGUAUUUUCUAGUUUUAUAAAUUUUAAAUAUGUGUGAUUUACUAUACAAUGGAUAAGUCACAUCAAAUUUUCUAUGCAUACCCUCCAUCUUGUGGUUGGUCUUGUUUGAAAUUCCUCACCCUGGUCAUUCUUCUACAUCAUAAUUUCAAAUUUUUUAGGUACAACAUGAAUAUGGCUCACCCAAGGGCUGUCAAAAAUAGUGUAAAUGAAACCUGCAUUCAACCACUUAAUAAUUUCAUUUUUAACCACUUCAAAGAUAUGAGGAUUAAGGUGUCUCUAGGCUUCCCUAGUUGGCUUAAUAUUCUCAUCAAUAAAAAUUUUGUGCUCACAUAUAUCUUUACUAAUCCCAUGAAUAUCAUCAAUAGAUCAGCCGAUUGCAAAUUUAUGUAAUUUAAGAAUUUUUAACAAAGCCAUUUCUUGAUCGAAAGAUAAAUGAGAUGAAAUGAUGACAAGAUAAGUUCUAUGAGGACCUAAGAAUGCAUAUUUGAGAGAGCUAGGUAAAGGUUUUGAGUUUGAAUCUAGAAGUAUAGAGAUAAAGUAGAGAAUCAACAUUUAAAUCAUGUAUGUCCUUUACCUCUUCAUGAGGAGUAAUUAAAUUCCAAAGGGCUGAAUGCCUCUCAAAUUCUUCUUCAUCAAUGAAAUCACACACACAUAUUCUCACUAGCAUUUUCAAGAAAUUUUAGAAGCUUAGAAAUUUGAAUUUCAAUCUUCUCCUUACCCACUUUGAAUUCUACUGUCCCCUUGCCCUAAUUAGUAGUGGCUUGGACUGUAGCUAAGAAAGGUCUCCCUAAAAUUAUGGGCGCUUGGCUCAAAUUUUCUAUAACCUUCAUAUCAGCUACGAGGAAGUCAAUAAGAAAACAACUUUCUACUUUCACAAUCACAUCUUCUAGCCUCCCAUAUGGUUGUCUAAUGGACCCAUCUACAAACUAAAACAAAUAGGCUCCAAUUCUCCAAACUUAAAUUUGUCAUCAAUAACCUUUGACAUGAUAUUGACACUAGCUCUUGUAUCUAAAAGGGAUUUACUAAAAAUUAUACUCCAAAUUUCACAUGUAAUUAGUGUGGCUCCUAGAUCUCUUUUCUUCUUAGAAAUUUGAUUCAAUAAUAUAGAACUAAUGCAUUGAGAUAAUUCAAUUCUCUUCUAUUUUUUAGAUGGAGUACAAAGAUUUUUUAAAAACUUAGAAUAAGGAAUAUUCUAAAUAGCAUCAAUUAAAAGAAUAGUGAUGAUCACUUCAAAAAUUUUAAGUGACUAUCACUAGGAGGAACUCUUGAUGAUUUUAAAGCUUGAGGAUAUGGAAUAGGGGGCACAUAAUUUUUUGAAUUAGGUUUUUAAUGAAUUCGGUUUUUUGUAGGUUCUACUAGGUCAUCUACUCUAUCAUCCUCCUCAACCUCAAGUUCUACUAAAGUUUUCUACUCAUAUGGAUCAAGUAACUCCUUUUCACUUUUCAACAUUAAAAUGACAAUUAUAUAUCUAUUCUAAUCACUAAAUUUAGCAAUUGAAACAUCAUCAUAUGAUAGAUUGACAUGACUUAGUCAUUGUAUAGUAAAUCACAUAAAUUUCAAAAAUUUCAAAACUAAAUAAUAUUAAUUUUCAGAUAUUUAGAAGUAUUUCUCAACAAAUAUAUCAAUUAUAAUUCAAUAAAACUUCUAAAAAUAGUGGUAAUUUUCUAGGUCAAUAUCAAGUAAUUUUUUUGAACUUUUCUCAAAGAAUAUAAUUUUUUAUGAAUUUAAUACUAAGAAAUGAAAAAAAAAUAUAUUUAAAAUUUAUGAAAAAGAAAAAUAAGGGUGCAGAUGUCAAGAUGACGUCAACGCCUGACGAAUGUGAAUUGGACAAAAAAAGAGUUUUGCCUGCCUGAUGAUUCUUACGUAAAUGAUUAUAGACAAUUUAAUUGAUCAAAUUAAGAUUUAUAAAAGUUAGAAGAAUUGUAAUUAAAUGAAGUAUAACUUGGUAAAUUUAAAUCACACAGUUUAUCAUUAAAUGAAGUAAAAAUUAAGGCUAAAGUAAGAAAAUAAAGUUAUGGUGUCACGACAGUAAUGCAUUAGUCAUCGAAAAUUCUAAUUAUUUAAGAGAAUUGUUAUGCAAUGUCUACGGCCUCGAAGGCUCUCCUUUAACAAGGACGACAUGAGUAAUCUGAAGAUCUUCUUGCGAAGUCUAGAGAUCAAUGAAAUGGGUUGUCGAAUCAUCUCUAGUGACUGUCACUCGGUGGAGUGGAAAAAUGAUGACUUUGCAGCUCUUUGGCAGCUUUCACCCGACAAAGAGGAAUUGGAUGGAAGUGGGGCCCAUGUUAGGGAGCUUCAUCCUCAGGUUUGCACAACAAGAGGAGGCUUUCAUCACAUCUAGUACACUCUGAGGAGGUGGCGACACGUCUCUUAGUGGAUCGUCCUCUUCUUGACAAUGGCUUGUUUGUCGACCAAUUAAAGAUGAUUUACUCAAUUGAUUAGCGAUCCUUUUAUGAUGAAUCAUUCAACAUUUUAGUAACAAUGCUCCGCGAAUUAUGUUGACAAGAUUUUCAUCGAUGAUCAAGCGAUUUUGGUGACUUAAUCCUUCAUUGGUGAUCUACAAGAAAGUUGUGAUAAUUAGAUAAAAAUAUGAGUUUUGGCUUUGAGAGGAUUUGAACCCACAUCAAUUGCUUGCUUGCAUGAGAGAUAUUGAAAUAAGUACUCUAAUGUUUUGAUCAAGUGACAUCAUCAUAGUAUAUCUUUGUUACAACUAAGGGGUAGUUUAGGUAUUAAAAUCUUCAAAGCCUUUCAAGGAAGGCGUGACGCGAGUUUAGUCCCACAUUGCUUGUGCAUCAAAGUUUUCGAUGAAUAUAGAGUAAUAUCACAUUUGCAAGUAAUGAGUCCAUUUCUCUUGUGUGUAUGGCCACUCCUUGCCCCAUAGCCGACUGACGUGACUCAGUCGUUGUAUAUCACGCAAAUAUAAAAUUUAUAAAACUAGAAAAUAUGAAUUUUCGGAUAUUUAGAAGUAUUUCUAAAUAAAUAUAUCAAUUAUAAUUCAAUAAAACUUCCAAAAAUAGCGAUAAUUUUCUAAGUCGAUCACAGAAGUGUAAUAUAAUAUCUGGUAAUUAUUCAGAAUUUUUCUUAAUGAAUACAAUUUUCUAUGAAUUUUACACUAGGAAAUAAAAAGGAAAUAUAUUUAAAAUUCACGAAAAAGGGAAAUAAAGGUGCAGAUGUCGGGAUGACGUCAGUGCCCAGCGAAUGCGAAUUGGGUGGAAAUAGAGUUCCGCCUGACAAUUCUUGCGUAAGUGAUUAUAGAUGAUUUAAUUAAUCAAAUUAAGAUCUGUAAAAGCCGGAAAAAUCGUAAUAGACCAAAGUAUACUUUGGUAACUUAAAAACACAAAAAUUAUCACUAAAUGAAGCGUAAAGUAAAUUAAAAGCAGGAAAACAGAGUUCUGGCGUCGCGACGACGAUGCGUUGGUGAUGCACUAGAAUCCUAAGUGUUCGGGAGGAUCAUUGUGCAGUGUCCACGACCUCGAAGGCUCUCCUUGGACAAAGACGACGUGGGCAAUCUCUAGAUCUUCUCGCAAAGUCUAGAGAUCAAUGAAGUGGGUCGUCAAAUCGUCUCUGGCUGCUGUCACCCGGCAGAACGGAAAAACGGUGACUUUGCGACUCUCCGAUGGCUGUCACCUGACGGAGAGGAGCUAGAUGGAGGUGGGGUGCGUGUUAGGGAGCUUCAUCCUCAGGUCCGCGCAGCAAGAGGAGGCUCUUCAUCGCAACUAG